AUGGCUUCCCAGUUUUCCUCGCUAGCUACACUGCUACUCCUAGGAUCCUUCCUAGUGCCAGUCAGCGCGAGCAAGAUUCCUGCUCAAGCGCAGUUGAUUGACCAAAAAGCCUUCAAUGUCCUGGACACGACCCAGCCCCCAACCGAAUUCAAUGCGAAGAGUCUAUUUGUGCCUCCAGGGUCGACAGGAGACAGUCUAGCCCAGCGGCCUUUCCAUAUAUACGACAAGGAAUUUCUGAAGAUCAUCGGAGAAGCUCCAACUCUAACCCGGAUCGCACAUUCCCCAAAGGACCCUCUAUUCCAUGAAGCAGUUGUAUGGUCCAAGGAAACGGACGAGGUGUUUUUUGUCCAAAAUGCAGGUGCUAAGAACGCCAGCACCGGUCUUAAAAAGUCGGCUAUCAUUGAGAGGAUUUCGCUUGCGGACGCUGCUGCUGUCUCCCAGAAGUCGGAUGCCGUAGGCCUUGUGGAUGUAACCACCAUUCCGUCAUCGCCAACGAUUCUCAAUCCAAAUGGGGCUACCAAUUACCGGGGACAGAUCAUAUUCGCCGGCGAGGGUCAAGGUGACUAUGAGCCCCCUGCUUUGUGGGUUAUGAACCCGAGAAGUCCAUUCAACGCUACAGUUAUCCUUAACAACUACUUCGGCCGCCAAUUUAACUCUCUGAAUGAUGUCGCCAUCCACCCGAAAAACAAAGAUAUCUACUUCACAGACACAAUCUAUGGCUAUGUGCAGGACUUCCGCCCUGCGCCCGGUCUGCAGGAUCAAGUGUACCGGUUCAAUCCCGAGACAGGUGCUGUGACCGUUGUCGCGGAUGGAUUUGACCAUCCCAACGGCUUUACUUUCUCUCCGGAUGGCAAGUACGCAUACGUCACCGAUACUGGAAUUGAUAGCGGCUUUUUCGGUCUCAAUUUCACCCGCCCUGCUUCUAUCUACCGAUUCGAUGUGAAAGACGACGGCACACUCGGCAAUCGCAAGACUUUUGCCUUUGUCCACUCUGGUGCACCCGAUGGCAUCCAUUGCGAUUCAUGGGGUAACGUGUAUGCUGGCUGUGGUGACGGCGUCCAUGUCUGGAAUCCAUCUGGCAAGCUCAUCGGCAAGAUCUAUCUCGGAUCUGGUACGGCGAAUUUCAACUUCGCUGGAAAAGGGAGAAUGGUUAUCUGCGCCGAGACAGACCUUUACUAUGCCACGUUAGCCGCGGCUGGGAAUUAUGUCGACAGUGAGAUGUGA